GUGUCGGAGCGGCUGUGUAAGUGUGACGCUGCUUCAGACCUCCGGGUCCUGAUUGGUGAGCGGCUCCUCCUGGAGCUCAGCACCGCCUACAGGAGUCUGAACCUCCGCUGCUUAUUGGACAUGAGUCGUUUGAAAAAGUCCGCCAAAAUGAGAGCGAGUCUCCUUCUGCUGCUGUACUGGAAGCUUCCCGCUUCGUGGACAUAUAAAGGAGGGUUUGGUGCCUUUGCUCCACAGAUUCUUGAGAACAGACUCUAGAAAGUGACCGUAAUUAUGAGUGGACGCGGCAAAACCGGAGGCAAAGCCCGUGCUAAGGCAAAGACCCGCUCUUCUCGUGCCGGGCUCCAGUUCCCAGUCGGCCGUGUUCACAGGCUGCUGCGCAAAGGCAACUAUGCGGAGCGUGUGGGUGCCGGCGCCCCCGUCUACCUGGCGGCUGUGCUGGAGUACCUGACCGCUGAGAUCCUGGAGCUCGCUGGAAACGCUGCUCGCGACAACAAGAAGACCAGGAUCAUCCCCCGUCACCUGCAGCUGGCUGUCCGCAACGACGAGGAGCUCAACAAACUGCUGGGCGGAGUAACCAUCGCUCAGGGAGGCGUGCUGCCCAACAUCCAGGCUGUCCUGCUGCCCAAGAAGACCGAGAAGCCCGCCAAGAAGUAAACCUGGUGCCCGGCUGACUGCUGGAAACCAAGCAAAGGCUCUUUUAAGAGCCACACACUCCUGAUAAAGAACACAGAUCCUCAUAUCUCUAUCAUACACUGUAGUUAAGACACGAAUUAUGUACAUAAUAAUGUAUCCAACAUAUUGAUAUUCAGUGUUACAAUAUAUGAUAACUGCAUUCAAAUCAUAAUGGCUGUUCGUUGUGUUGCCAAGAAUAUCAGCAUUUA